CACGGACUGUAAGAUACAUAGUAUAUGCUUCUCAGCUCUUUCAGUUACUUAAAAGAUUAUUUUUUCCUUGUGAGGAAGUUCUGGGUUUUAUGUUUUGUGCUUUUGUAGAUAUCUACAACAGACUCUAAGGACACUAUACAGAUCAGUGAGAUAGGGUUCCUUGGUAUUUUCAGGUCACAUUUGACAGACGCACUUAUAUUGUAAGACUGCAGAAAAGUACAGUUUGGCAGAAUGGCAAGUCAAAAGCUGGCGGUCCCGUACAUAUCCGUGAUCAAUGGUCCUCUGAAGCCUGGCAAAAGCUUCAUUAUUCGAGGAGUGGUCAACCCCACCAACCCUUACAGGAUGGAAUUCAACUUUCGCCACAGAUAUGGGAUCGCCUUUCACUUCAAUCCUCGUUUUGAUAAGAAUAGGGUAGUGUGCAACACUUGGUAUGGGACAUGGGGUAAAGAAGAAUAUCCUGCAGGCAUGCCGUUUAAAGCAGGUCAACCCUUUGAGGUCUACAUUUAUUGUACUGACAGUGUCUACAACGUGUCUGUGAAUGGUCAACAAAUGUGCAAUUACAACCAUCGCUUCAUGGAGUUGAAAAAUAUUGAUGUUCUUGAUGUUUGUGGAGAUCUGCAGGUGAUUUCUGUGGAGGUUUAGCAGCGAUUUCAUCCACCUUCAAGCCAAUAAGAGCAGUUCAUUUAUUGCCUUUGCUUGGUAAUCUCGGGAUCUGAGUUUUUAAAACCUUCACUUAUAGUCAAUCCAUUUAAUCAUCGUGCUGAUCAUUUCAUGAUUAGCAUUUAUUUUAUCAAUGAUUCUUUUCAUUUUGGUUUAAUCUGAUGUUAAGUGCUGUAUUGUCUUAUAACACCAGGUCUGUUUCUAAUCAGACUGGGCAUUGAAGUGCAACUAAGAUUAUUCAAUAAACUGCGUUUUAUUCUAUCA